AUGCCUGUUGCCGAACAAGCGCCGCAGACUCUCUACGACAAGGUCCUCCAGGCCCAUAUUGUCGAUGAGAAGCUCGACGGCACCAUUCUUCUCUAUAUCGACCGGCAUCUGGUCCAUGAAGUCACUUCACCACAAGCCUUUGAGGGCCUCAAGAAUGCAGGACGUCAAGUGAGACGGCCAGACUGCACUCUGGCUACGACUGAUCAUAAUGUCCCCACUACGUCUAGGAAAGGCAUGAAAGAUAUUGCCACCUUUAUCAAGGAGGAUGACUCGAGGGUUCAGUGUGUGACUCUCGAGGAGAAUGUCAAGGACUUUGGUAUUACCUAUUUUGGCCUUGGAGACAAGCGCCAGGGUAUUGUUCACGUCAUCGGCCCCGAGCAGGGCUUCACUCUUCCCGGAACGACAGUGGUCUGCGGAGACAGCCAUACCUCUACUCACGGUGCUUUUGGUGCCCUCGCCUUCGGUAUCGGAACUAGCGAGGUCGAGCAUGUCCUCGCCACCCAAUGCUUGAUCACAAAGAGGAGUAAGAACAUGAGGGUGCAGGUCGACGGCGAACUGGCUCCCGGUGUUAGCUCCAAGGACGUCGUCCUCCACGUCAUUGGUAAGAUUGGAACCGCCGGUGGUACUGGUGCCGUAAUCGAGUUCUGCGGCUCCGUCAUCCGCGGCCUGUCUAUCGAAGCCCGUAUGUCGAUUUGCAACAUGUCUAUCGAGGGUGGCGCGAGAGCUGGCAUGGUUGCUCCCGACGAAAUCACAUUUGAAUACCUCAAGGGACGGCCCUUGGCUCCCAAGUACGGCUCCGAUGAGUGGAAUCGCGCCGUCGAGUACUGGAAGAAGCUCCAGUCCGACCCCGGUGCCAAGUACGACAUUGACGUCUUCAUUGACGGAAAGGACAUCAUCCCCACGGUCACUUGGGGAACUAGCCCCGAGGACGUUGUUCCCAUCACCGGAACUGUCCCCGAUCCCGACACCUUCGCGAGCGAGGCGAAGAAGGCCGCGGGCCACAGGAUGCUUAAGUACAUGGGUCUCACGGCCGGAACGCCCAUUGAGGAUAUUGAGGUCGACAAGGUCUUUAUCGGCUCCUGCACGAAUUCUCGAAUCGAGGAUCUCCGUGCCGCCGCCCACGUCGUAAAGGGCAGGAAGAUUGCCGCCAACAUCAAGCGCGCCCUGGUCGUUCCCGGUUCAGGUCUGGUCAAGUCUCAGGCCGAGGCCGAGGGCCUCGACAAGAUCUUUGUGGAUGCUGGUUUUGAGUGGAGAGAGGCCGGUUGCAGCAUGUGCCUCGGGAUGAAUCCCGAUAUUCUCGCCCCUCAGGAGCGCUGCGCCAGCACGAGUAACCGAAACUUCGAGGGCCGACAGGGCGCCGGUAGCAGGACGCAUCUCAUGUCGCCCGUCAUGGCGGCGGCGGCUGCCAUUGUCGGAAAACUUGCCGAUGUCAGGAAGCUGACUAGCUACGAGUCGAGUCCCCACGUCAAGGCCGCCAUCUCGCCUACCAAGACCGUCGCGCAUGUCGACGAGCGCAUCGACGAAUCUGACCACGAGAAGGACGUCAUCGCCGACCAGCCCGAGGACAACCAACCUCACACGAAUACUCUGGUUACUCACAGCACCAGCAACGGCGGCGUCAGUGGUGGCGUGCCCAAGUUCACCAUCCUCCGCGGCAUUGCUGCCCCUCUCAACAAGGCCAACGUCGACACGGACGCCAUCAUUCCCAAGCAGUUCUUGAAGACGAUCAAGAGGACUGGUCUCGGAAGCGCCCUGUUUUACGAGCUGCGGUAUAACCCCGACGGCACCGAGAACCCCGACUUUGUUCUCAACCAGGAGCCCUACAGGAGCUCCAAGAUUCUCGUUGUCACGGGUGCCAACUUUGGCUGUGGUAGCUCGCGUGAACACGCCCCCUGGGCUCUAAACGAUUUCGGCAUCCGCUGCAUCAUUGCGCCGUCAUUCGCCGACAUCUUCUUCAACAACUCUUUCAAGAACGGCAUGCUGCCUAUCCCCAUCUCCAAGAAGGAGGAUCUGGAUGCCGUCGCGGCUGUCGCGAGCGCCGGCAAGGAGGUUGAGGUCGACCUCCCCAACCAGGUCAUCAAGGACUCGGAGGGCAAGGUCCUAUGCAGCUUCGACGUUGAGGAGUUUAGGAAACACUGCCUCGUCAACGGCCUCGACGAUAUCGGCUUGACGAUGCAGAUGGAGGACAAGAUUGCCGGCUACGAGAGCCGCAUGUCCAAGGAGACGCCAUGGCUCGACGGGCGCUCGUACCUCAAGAGGGGCAAGGACGGAAGGCUGCUGGCGAAGGCGGUCCCCGUACCCAAGACAAAUCGCGGGGAGCCUCUUAAGGAUACCUUGGACUGGUAA